AUAGAGCUGACCAUUUCGUUGAUGUUGUGUAUCGUGGUAUUAAAAGGAAUUUGAACUGUGGACGAAAAGAUGACCCAGAUGUUCGUCUCGAAAUAGAUGUCAGCGAGGAUGUGUUUACACGUGUACUUGGCAGUGUUGCAGCGGGUGUUAUGGAAAGAGGUAGAUUAAUCUACACUAUUUCGUCAAACCGAGUGCUUGAUGAUAUUCUUGGGCAGAAAUGGGACGAAAGAAUAGUAAAUAUCCGUGGUGAUUACUGCUUUGUAAUUGAAGGGACUGUAACAUUUUGUUUGGGACGGAAGUCAUCAAUAGUAGAGUACAAAGUUAUUGGAGGAAAAUAUGUGAAGUCUGAAAUUGAAGACUGUUCUCAAUUAGUUUUUACAUUUGUCAGAAAUAAUGGAAACAGU